AACUUGCGAGCAAUUAAUGGCAUGUGGGGGUAUACUGAUUUUGACAAAUGUAAACAUAACCUCAUAUAAUGCAAGUGUAUGUAUUCAACUGACACGUGCUUUUAAGAAUGAAAAAUUGAUUAUUUAUGUAAACUAUACAUAUUAAAAAUAAUUAUUUCAACAUGCCUAAAGUAAAAGUUGAGAAAAAAUCCAGAAUUCACAAUGAAGUGGCCAAACAAGGUAUUAUGUUCAAUAAGGAUUUUGGUCAACAUAUCCUCAAAAACCCGAUGGUCAUUACAAACAUGUUAGAAAAGGCUGGCCUGAGACCUACUGAUAUUGUUUUGGAAAUUGGUCCUGGUACUGGUAAUAUGACAAUGAAAAUGUUGGAACAAGUGAAGCAAGUAGUAGCAUGUGAAAUUGAUACAAGGCUUGUUGCUGAAUUACAGAAAAGAGUACAAUGCACACCAUAUCAAUCAAAAUUAAAAAUUAUGAUUGGCGAUGUACUAAAAACGGAAUUACCUUUUUUUAAUUUAUGUGUAGCCAAUAUUCCAUAUCAAAUUUCAUCACCUUUAGUUUUCAAACUGUUGUUGCAUCGGCCUUUUUUUAGAUGUGCUGUGCUUAUGUUCCAACUUGAAUUUGCACAACGACUUGUUGCUAAACCAGGGGAGAAGUUGUACUGCAGAUUAUCAAUUAAUACACAAUUGCUCUCCAGAGUUGACAUGCUAAUGAAGGUAGGUAAAAAUAAUUUCCGACCACCACCAAAAGUUGAAUCUGCAGUAGUUCGAAUUGAACCAAGGAACCCACCACCACCUAUACAAUAUACAGAAUGGGAUGGACUAACAAGAAUUGCGUUCACCAGGAAAAACAAAACUUUGGGUGGCGCAUUUAGGCAAACUUCAGUUCUAGCAACAUUGGAUAAAAAUUACAAAAUUCAUUGUAGUCUUCAAAAUAAGGAAAUUCCAAGUGAUUUUUCAAUAAAAGCUAAAGUUGAAGAAAUUCUAAUUGACGUGCAGGCUGAACAGAAACGAGCACGGACAAUGGACAUAGAUGAUUUUAUGGAAGUUCUUCAUGCUUUUAACAAAGAAGGAAUUCAUUUCUCGUAAAUAAUUAUUUAUUGUUAUUUUAAUUCAGAAUACUAUAUAAUAAACCGUUUUGUA